AUGCAAUUGCUGUCGUUCAUUCCACUGGUCCUUGUAGCAGCUUCGUUUGCAGCCCCCGCAAAGCCUGAGAACGAUUUCGCUUGCUGCAAAAACGUCUCCUUAGACGACCUUUCAGGCCUUCCAGCACCUCAACAACCCGUCCGCUUCCUCCUUCUCGGUGUGGGGACGCAAAACUAUACCUGCUCGAGCGCAGGUACCUUUUCCUCGGCUGGCGCUGUCGCCAAACUUUUCGAUAUCACGUGCAUAUCCAGCUCGCCUGAUUUCUCCAAGCUCACCAGCGAUACAUACGACCUUUGGACCAAAGCACCACCAUCAACUUCCGCCGCAGACGCCAUCAGGAGGAGAGUCGAUGUCAGAUACCCUUUCGGGGACCACUACUUCAUCGCCAGCCCGUCCGGAACUGGUAUCAGUCCCAAAUGGGACGCUACCUCGGGGGCGUUCAAUGGAAACACUCAAGCCUUUAUGAUCGGUGCCAAAUCUGCAAGUGUAGCAGCUCCAACCGGGAGUGCCGAUGUCGAUUGGCUAUACAUGACGAAGGUGGACGGUUCUCUUGCAGACGAAAUCUAUCGUACCGACACCAGAGGCGGACAACCAUUGCCAUCGUGCACCCCUGGUCAAUCUGCCACCGUUAAGUAUACCGCGUUGUACUACUUCACUGGUGGAAGCGUUUGA